AUGUUUGCUCAUCGUAUCGUCAUCCCGGAUUGUCUCCGAAAGAAAGUUCUCCAAACGCUUCACAAAGCACAUCCUGGAAUGGACCGUAUGAAACGACUUGCACGCAGCUUUGUCUACUGGCCGAAUCUCGACAAAGACAUCGAAUCACUUGUUCGGAAUUGUUCGAAUUGCCAAGCCGCUGCGAAGAAUCCAACAAAGGCUCAUCUCGAAUCAUGGCCAAUCGCUACCGCUCCCUGGACUCGUGUUCAUAUUGACUAUGCUGGACCAAUCGAUGGAAUCUACUUUCUCGUCGUCGUCGAUGCAUAUUCCAAAUGGUCGGAAAUUGUCGCAACUUCUUCAAUCACCAGCACAGCUACAAUCAACUUGCUCAUGAAGAUCUUCGCUCAAUUUGGUAAUCCGGAAACAUUGGUCAGUGACAAUGGUACGCAGUUCUCAUCAUCGUCAUUCGACAACUUCUGCAAAUCUCGUGGUAUCACUCAUCUUCAUUCUCCGCCGUUUCAUCCUCAGUCGAAUGGUCAAGCUGAACGUUUUGUCGACACCUUCAAACGUGCUCUCGUCAAACUGAAAGGGGAGGAAGAUACUACUACUGCAAUUCAAACGUUUCUACAAGCAUAUCGAUCGACAUCAUCUGCAAGCAGCCCGGAUAACAAGUCGCCAGCCGAAAACUUCAUUGGACGCAAAAUCCGAACUGUCUUGGAUCUCCUCAUGCCUUCUGUCAACACACAAUCGUCUCGUCAUCGUCAUGAUAUGGAAUCGCAAUUCAACGCUCAUCACGGAACCAAGGAUCGGCGAUUCGCCGCCAAGUCUGCCGUCUUCGUCAAGGACUACCGUCAAUCGAAACCUACUUGGACUCCUGGAAUCGUCAUUCGUCGUACUGGAACCGUCACAUAUCUCGUCAAGUGCAAUGGACUCGUCUGGACUCGUCAUGCAAAUCAACUUCUUCGCCGGGAUCAUCAUCGCCAUCAAGCCGACUCUCUUCUCGACAUCUUCAAAUUGCCAUCACUGCCACUUCUCGUCGAUCAACAACCACAUGCCGUCAACCAACCUUUGCUCAGAUCAUCGCCGAUCGCCAUCGCCGAUCGUGCCGAAUGCUGUAUCCAACAAUGCUACUACAACGCCGCCGAUUCGCCGUUCAUCUCGCAUGCGCAAACAAACGACACAGUUGGAUAUGGUGCCGUCGAAGAAAUCUUACUCUAA